AUGCAUGAUUACAAGUCGCCCCCUGUGCCGUAUCAAAUCCUCCUCACCGUACUUGCUGCCAAUCCUCUGGCCACGGGCUACGAGGCCUCGAGGAGCGUACUUGGCUUGAUGUGUGGCAUCUUCUUCUCCAUCGCAAGAGACCGCCCGUACCUCCCUGACCCUGAGACAGUAAAUGCGUUGCGGGCACGAGGACCGGACAGCUACAGAGUGCUCAACGCCAGUGUCUCGCAUGAUUGCCCGCACGCCGCCUGCUUGACAUUUGUCUCGUCAGUCUUAGCACUGCGUGGGAACGUCGUCCAGCAGCAACCCUUGUAUGACGAUAAGACCGGAGCCAUCUUAUGCUGGAAUGGCGAGGCUUGGAAAACAAAUGGUGUUACAAUAAAGGGGAAUGAUUCUGCACGAGUUUUUGAUUUGCUGUUGAACGUCUCCCAGAGCGGCGAAGAGGUCUCCCAUCAACGAAUCUGCGAGGUGCUCACGCUCAUUUCGGGGCCUUUUGCAUUUGUCUUUUACAAUGCGCGUACUUCGACUGUCUAUUAUGGCCGAGACAGACUAGGACGACGUUCCUUACUCAUCGAUCGAUCGGAUGCUCAGUCGCUGACGUUGUCUAGUACUGGCGUAUCCAACAAGACACCACUUGUCGAAGUCAGUCCUGAAACGAUCCACUAUGUUUCCAUCAAGCACCAUACUAUCAAAUUCGGUGAGCUUCCCUGGCUCAGUCCGCCGCCCGCCAUCAACAAGGACAUUCCUGCUCAAUUUCCUGCCGCCAUUCCCUCAGCCGCCAGCGUGAACCAGUUUUUGACAGAGCUGAGAAAUGCGCUUGCACUCAGAGUUGUUGACAUUCCCGACCAUUCACACUCACAACUCCGCCCAGGUUCGGCCAAAGUGGCAAUACUGUUUUCAGGUGGGCUGGACUGCACCCUUCUGGCACGCCUUGUGCACGACAUCUUACCACCAGAUGAAGCGAUUGAUUUAUUGAAUGUGGCAUUUGAGAACCCGCGCUCGAUUGCUGCACAGGCCAACCAUAUAGACUCGCCGUACGAACUUUGUCCAGACCGUCUGACAGGCCGUUCUAGCUUCUCCGAACUUUGUCAAGUAUGUCCGGGAAGAAAAUGGCGGUUCGUGGCCAUUAAUAUUCCCUACACGGAAGCGAUCGCCCAUCGACCUACUAUCAUAAGCUUGAUGAGCCCUCACAACACCGAGAUGGAUCUGUCAAUUGCAAUGGCUCUUUACUUUGCCGCCCGAGGUGGAGGCGUGUUGACGGAGAAUCAGCAGGUGUCUAAUGCUGCGGCGGCAGAUUUCUUGUCCACUGCGCGAGUCCUCCUGUCGGGGCUCGGAGCGGACGAGUUAUAUGGUGGAUACUCUCGACACUCUGCGGCUUUUGCUCGUGGGGGCUAUUCUGGUCUUGCUGAUGAGCUCGAAAUGGACUUCACUCGAAUCGGAUCCCGCAAUUUGGGUCGCGACGACCGGGUCAUGAGCCACUGGGGCAAAGAAAUUCGAUAUCCUUACUUGGAUGAAGAUUUUGUGAGCUUCUCUUUACACCUCCCCGUCUGGGAGAAGACUGGCUUCAGACCCGGAAAGCACAUCCCAAAACCGUACGAAGACGCCUUGCCUAGCGAUAUCCCGGAAAGCCUUGAACCUGCGAAGAUGCUGAUGAGGCUGGCCAUGUGGCAGCUAGACAUGAAGAGAGCUGCUACAGAGAGGAAGAGAGCCAUUCAGUUCGGUGCCCGAACAGCCAAAAUGGAUGUUGGCAAGGGCAGGACAAAGGGGACGGAUAUCCUCAUUGCAGCAGCGUGA